GGAGGCUUCAUCCCACCAUCAGCACAUCUUCCAUCCCCGACACCCACCACAUCCACCGCAACCCCAUCGCUUCUCCCCAAACCACGAGCCCACCCUUUGCGGCCGGGUUCCGCAAAAGAAGCCACGGUCCUCGAGUAUAUCGACAAGAAGCUUCUGUCCAUCAACCGCCGGCAUGCUAAGAAGUUCAGCGGGGCUCUGAUUGCACCGGUGGCUGAGUCGGAAAGGGGCUACGAGAGCUUCAAGGAAGUAGCGAAAGACUUUGAGAGUUUGGUGGAUGUUUUGUGGGUCAGUGGGACUCCUUCAUUACAGAUACCCUACCUGAUCUCGUUGGCCGUCCAGGUCAACUCUUAUCUACCGGAUUAUCCAUUCUCGGCGAAGGCGACGUUCCGGUUGCUGCGGAAGCUGGACUCCGUCUUUGCAUCGCUCCUGCUGGGGGAGGAUGUGGACUCCGGGGCGCUGUUGCCGGGGUUUGAGGCACGGACGAACGUAGUCUCGAUGACGGAGAAGGUGCGUAUCAAGAGUAUUGCGGAGACCUGUCGGGUUGUGGUUGUGGAGGCGAGGGAGCAGGAGGAUCUUGGCGAUGAUGAUGAUGAUGAUGGUGGUGGUGAGAGGAAUGGGUUUGGGGAUAGUAGUGAGAACGAUGACGAGGAUGAGUUGAUGGAUGAUGCGUUGGGGAUGGAUGAGUAUCCGAUCCCCGGUAGGUGGGAGAUGGAAACGGCUAAGGUGUAUGAGAAGACGAUCCAAUUGCUUGGGGAUGAGUUGGGGCAGGCCGAUCCUGGGGAGUUCUGCGAUACUGAUAUGGCUGCUGGGGAG